AUGGCGACCACCAUGAAGGCUGUCUACUAUCAUGCCCCCCGAAAUUUUGAAAUCCGGGAGGUGCCUGUACCUCAAGUAGGGGACGAUGAUGUACUGUUCAAGGUCCGAUGUUGUGGUAUCUGCGGUACCGAUGGCCAUGUCCACGCAGGGGAAUUCAUCUCAUCGUUCCCGUUAAUCCCUGGACAUGAAGUUGUUGGCGAAGUAGCUGCUUUCGGAAAGAACGUGACUGGCUUCGCGAAAGGUGACCAUGUCGUCGCUGAUCCUGGCGUAACGUGUGAAGCGUGUUUCUACUGUCGCCGUGGCCAGUCCUUGCUAUGCGAGAAUUUCCAGGGCAAGGGUGUCAGCGCAAGCGAACCCGGCGGGUUCAGUGAAUACAUCACAUUCGCAGCAAAGAAAGUAUACAAGAUCCAGAACCUCAGCGACGAGGAGGCUACUCUCAUCGAGCCUGCUGCAUGCGCCAUUCACGGCAUGGACAAGCUCGGCACAGCCGUUGGCAUAGAAGCACUCGUCAUCGGCGCGGGGCCAACUGGCCUGAUCCUUGCACAACUCCUCAAACUGAAUGGCGCGCAGAGAGUAGUCAUCGCUGCGAAUAAAGGUAUCAAGACAGACAUCGCCAAGCAGCUGGAUGCGGGCCACGAGUAUGUCGAGCUCGACAGAGUGAACCCCGGGGAACAGUGGGAGAAGCUUAAACAGGAGAAUCCGUACGGAUUUGACGUCGUCGUCGAGGCCACAGGCUCGGAAAAAGUAGCAAACGACUCCAUCAAUUAUGUCCGCCGAGGGGGGACACUCAUGGUCUACGGCGUCUACGACAACUCUGCGCUUGUCCACUGGCCACCCUCCAAGAUUUUUGUAGACGAGAUAAAGAUCAUCGGCUCGUUCGCGCAAACACAUUGCUUCCCUCGCGCUGUUGCGUAUCUUGAUAGCGGCAAGAUUCGUGUGAAGGGCAUGGUGACAGACGUCUACUCAAUAUCAGACUACCAGAAGGCGUUGGACAAGAUGAACAGCCGUGGAGCUUUGAAGAUAGCUGUCAAGGCUUGAUGAAGUUCAGACGUUCCGACAGACUGUGCUGUACACAUAAAUUAGACUAUUGGAAAUGACUUCCUACCUUGCUGCGUGA